UGAUGUCUGUUGAGCACAGUGAAUCGGCCGCUCACCACAUCUACCUGAUCCGACGUGAACAUGGGCAACACGGUUGAAUAUCAAAAGAAAUCGUCAGCGCAUGCUCCAACUGUUUUGCUUCAAGUGCAGGAAGUCAACAAGAGGACGCUGGGGAAGCUGAUCAUCAAGACUGUCGGCCACGAAGGUACAGAGACAGACGAGAAGGGGACGUAUCUACGGCGACAGAUCCAAGUCUGCAUCUCUUACCUGGAACAUUACAAGCCUGCAGUGUGGCGGGAUGCUACAGUGACGUUCAUUGGCUUACAGGGUCAUGAAUAUGUGGUAUCCUCUGGCCGCGGACGCUACAGAUUCAUGGUCCACCUUGAUGCUCGAGACGAAAUAACCUUUUCAAAAAUGAAAUAAGAAAAUGCUAUAAUGACACUGCAACUAGAGCAUAACUACACCGUUACCGUCUCCUUUCGAAACGUGUGGGGCGGUCGGGUAGUCUAGUGGUUAAAGCGUUCGCUCGUCACGCCGAAGACCCCGGUUCGAUUCCCGACAUGGGUACAAGUGUGAAGCCCAUUUUUUGGUGUCCUCCCCCGUGAUAUUGCUGGAAUAUUGCUGAAAGCGGCGAAAAACCAUACUCACUCACUCUAAACGUGCACGUAAUGCAAAUGCAAAGUUAAACAGCAGUUAUUCUCCAAUACACUUUUCCUUUAAUCCACUGCAUAACAACAGGAACAACCCGACAGUAUGUGUUUAUCUCAGUAUCUUUACAGCACACACCUUCUAGGGGUUCUCGGUUUACAUGCAUGUGCAUGAUAUGCAAAUUUGCUUGUUUUCUUGAUCUGGGUGUUGUGCUAAGAAAGGUCCUAAAUAGUGAUAAUAAUUUAAAUUCUGAUGUAUCUUUGAACAUGAGAUAACUGUCAUAUAAUAAAGAACGUUUGGUCACUAGUAUUAAUAACGUUGAUUAUUCCACGAUUUUGGAAACAGCCUCGCUACCUGCUCCAGAUUUGUUUGUUGUUUAUCGCCGCACUCAGCAAUAUUCCAGCUACAUGACAGCGGCCUGUAAAUAAUCGCAACCCCCUCUAUAUCCGCCCAUGACUACUAAAGUGCAUCUAAUGUGACGAAAGCUACCGUUGGCACAAAAAACUCCAUUGCAGGUACCCUCUUGUUUACAGUCACCAUGUUGGAACUAUUUUCCAAAUAAUUGGUCGCCUUUAACGACCAGCUUAGGUUGUUUGAUCAUGCUAGGAACCUCAUCCACUAUAUCUCCAGGGCACGCAUUUCGGUAAACCUACACUUCGCAAUGUUACGUUUCCUGCUUUUGUUGUUACGUUGACUGGCGCUCGGCA